AACACCUCACUGACUAACACACACACUGAUACACACAACCGAGAGACAACGACUAGGAGGAAACAUGUCCAUUACCACUUUCACCACAGAUAGCAGCUCCACUGAAGCUCCGCCCACCUCUGGUCUCCGUGUGGACAUAGCUGACAUCGCUGUGGUCGUUGUUUACUUCAUCUUCGUCAUGAUCGUUGGAAUCUGGGCGUCAGUUCAAGCCAAUCGCAGCACAGUGGGCGGGUACUUCCUGGCUGGACGUUCAAUGACCUGGUGGCCUAUCGGAGCGUCUCUCAUGUCCAGUAACGUGGGCAGUGGUCUGUUUAUUGGUCUGGCAGGAACAGGAGCAGCUGGGGGCGUGGCAGUUGGCGGGUUUGAAUGGAAUGCAGCCUGGGUCCUUGUAGCUCUUGGUUGGAUAUUUAUUCCCGUCUACAUCUCAGCAAACGUGGUGACAAUGCCUGAAUAUCUCGCCAAACGCUUUGGAGGACGGAGGAUAAGGAUUUAUAUGUCUGUGCUGUCACUGAUCCUCUACAUCUUCACCAAGAUAUCUACAGACAUCUUUUCAGGAGCCUUGUUCAUCCAGAUGUCGUUUGGUUGGGACCUUUAUUUGUCCACAGGAAUCCUGCUGCUGGUCACUGCUGCUUAUACUGUGGCAGGUGGUUUAGCAGCAGUGAUCUAUACUGAUGCUCUACAGACUGUCAUCAUGGUGGGAGGAGCCUUGACACUCAUGUUUAUAGCCUUCUCUAAAGUGGGCUGGUACCAGGGUCUCGUGGAUGGUUACAUGUCAGCCGUUCCCUCGGUAACGGUUGCCAACACUUCCUGUCACCUCCCUCGCAGCGAUGCGUUCCGGAUGUUCAGAGAUCCGGUUUCCGGGGAUUUACCGUGGCCCGGUCUCAUCUUUGGACUCACGGUGCUGGCCACAUGGGUGUGGUGUACUGACCAGGUGAUAGUUCAGAGGUCACUGUCAGCUCGCUCAGUGUCUCAUGCCAAAGGAGGAAGUGUAUUAGGAGGUUACCUCAAACUUCUGCCCAUGUUUUUCAUCGUGAUGCCAGGAAUGAUCAGCAGAACACUUUUCCCCGAUGAGGUUGGUUGUGUAGAUCCAGUUGUGUGUCAGAGUGUGUGUGGAGCUUCAGUCGGCUGCUCUAACAUCGCUUACCCUAAACUAGUGGUGGAGCUGAUGCCUGUGGGUGUGCGUGGUCUGAUGUUGGCGGUCAUGCUCGCCGCUCUCAUGUCCUCUCUGACGUCCAUCUUUAACAGCAGUGCCACCUUGUUCACUCUGGAUCUUUACCACAGAGCAAGACCUCGAGCCUCAGAGAUGGAGCUCAUGGUCGUAGGAAGAGUGUUUAUCCUGGUCCUGGUGUGUGUGAGUCUCUUGUGGAUUCCAGUCAUUCAAACAGCCAACAGUGGUCAGCUGUUUGACUACAUCCAAUCAGUGACCAGCUUCCUGGCUCCGCCCAUUACAGCUGUUUUCUUAAUGGCCAUCUUCUGGCCACGAGCCAAUGAGCAGGGAGCGUUCUGGGGUCUGAUGUCCGGUCUCCUCGUUGGUCUGAUCCGGAUGGUUCUGGAGUUCUCGUACGAGGUUCCAGCCUGUGGACAGGUUGACCUUCGACCUGCCAUCCUCGCUGAUGUUCACUACCUGUACUUUGCUCUCAUCCUAUUGGCUAUCACCAGCAUGGUCAUCGUCGUUGUCAGUCUGGUCACCGCCCCCAUACCUGAGGAACAUCUGCACAGACUGACCUGGUGGUCCAGGUUUAGUCAGGAGCCUCGUGUCGACCUCACAGGACCGUAUCUGACCCCUGACCCGCCAACCUCUGACCUCAGUGCUGACUCAGAGCGCGCGGCAGGCCCAUGUUGGCGGCGUGCGGUGCUGAGGUUCUGUGGUCUGACAGGAUCCAGUUCUGGUCCUGCUGUGGUGGACAGUGAGUUGAACUCUCUGGAGGAGGAUCCGUUCUGGAGACAAGUGUGUGACGCCAACACUCUGCUGCUGCUCGCCGUCAGUGUCUUCCUGUGGGGAUUCUUUGCCUGACACAUGACAGGAAACUCCUGGACAGGAAGUGAAAGCCUGGCUCACUGACUUUUUCAGGAUCUUAAACUUUUAUUUAAGAUUAAACUGAUUUGUUUUUCUGACCAAUGUAAAACAUUUUUAUUACAACAUUUAAGUUUUACAAAAUGUGUUUGUCAAUAAAGACUUCACACACGA